AUGACGGACAGUUGUGAGGGAGGGCAGGGGGCUCUGUCACCGCCUGUCCCAGCGGAGGAGCCCUUUCCCUGGGCUGACAUUUGGACGAGGACCUGCAGCUUCCUGGAGGCAGCGGCGUUCAGGGGGUUUUGUGAGAUCAGGGACAUGGAGACCCACAGCCUCCAGUCUCUGCACACCAUCCUGUCCACCGGCUCUCCUCUCAAACCUCAGAGCUACGACUACGUCUUCCACUGCAUCAAACGCAACGUGUUACUGGGCUCCAUCUCAGGUACUCGUCCUCCAUCACUGCUUUAA